AUGGCGUUGCCUCUUUACCUGGGGGCCAAACCAUACCCUGAGUUUGGAGAUUCCGAUGGGAGUGACGACAUGGAGGGAGAGGACAAGUCGCUCGCAAAAGAAAUGAACAGCGAAAAGAGGAGAGCAUCCAAGAAUAGCAGAAGCCACAAAGGGAGUAGCGACUUUGUAUCCUUCCUCAUCACAGAAAUAAGACUCUUUGCGUUAAGUAGAUCCGCCGAUUUGGUGGUUAAAGAAAGUAAAGCGCUGUUGGACUGUGCCUGGCUCGAUGGUGUCAAGGAUGGACUUACAAACGGCAGGGCACAGCCGGAGGAGGCGCUAAACGGAUUGACGGACCACACCGGUCGUGGUAGCCGAAGUAGUCUAUCAAUGAAGAAUUCGAAGAAGGGAAAAAGUGGGGAGGGGAAGUACAAUAAGAACCAGUGGGGAAAACUGAGCAGCGAUGACGGGGAUGAAUACGCCGCGCUCCGCACUGGGGUCCACGGGAAAGGAGGAGCGGGAGAAGCGAACGACAUCAAGAACAGGUGCAACGAGUUCAACAACGAGAUUGAGAAGAUGAAGGAGAGGUUCCACAGGUUUAGUGACGAGAUGAAGGGGGGGAGCGCCGGAGGGAGUGAUGACAAAAGUGGCGACCGGAGUGAUGCUGGCAAGGCCAACGGCGCUGCCGCGCCCUCGGUGCGCCCGCGCGGCCGCCACCCCUCACAGGAGGACUUCUUCAAAUUCGACUCGGAGGAAGAGCCGGGCGAUUCUGCGAAGGGCCAUUUUGCGGACCACUCUGCGAAGGACCACUCUCCGAAGGAUGAUUUUUUUUUCCAAGCGGGGAGGAACAGCCCCUACGGCAGCGCGCCCUCCAGUGAUGACGCCUUUGCAAAAAAAAGCAGAAGCGAUAUAAGAAAGGAGAGGAGAGACAAAAGUCAUUCGAGUAAGUCUGUCCAAUUGAACACAAGGAGAAAAGACUCCUCCGCGUUUUAUUUUAACUUCUCCGAUGAAAGUGGGGAGAAGAAGGAGGAAGGCCAAUCGGGCGCCAACCAAUUAGGUGCCAACCAAUUAGGUGCACCGGAUGACAGCGCAGAGGAUCACGCAGUAACAGCAGAGAUGAAGAAGCCAUCCAAGGAAGGGGAAGCAGAGUCGGGAGCAGCGUCGGAAGCAGGGGCGGGGGCAGAACCCGAAUCAGCUAGCCAUUACAACCAAGCAGAGGUGAACCUACUGCUGAAUGAACUAAAGGGUAAAUUUGAAAGCGAAUUUGUAGACAUGAUGAUAGACAAGCUGGGUCACAAGUUCCAUCUGAAAAAAAAAGACAAGGAAAAAAUUUUCUCUACCUUUAGAUCAAAUGCAAAGAGAGAAAAGGAGCAGGUCGACUCCGAGUGCAUCAAAGAAAGGUACAAUGCAUUAGUAAAAAAAAAAGAGGACAGACAGAAAAACAAACUGCAUGAAGAAAUAAAGGAGGAGUUGAAGAAGGUCAAAGAGAAAUCCUUUGUAGAGAGGAACCUAAAUAGCUAUAUUAAGGAUAACCAGCUACUGAACGAAUAUUAUAUAAAGAAGUACAGUCACGCUGGAGAGCAACUCAGCGAUAAGGAGAGUGAAGAAAAAUUUCCGCAAGACACAUGGAUGAAUGAAAAGAAAUCUCUUGGAGGGGAUGAACAGGAGGAGGGGGGGGCACUGAAUAACUCCAAUUCGGUUAGGGCAGAAUCGCACACCUCGGAAAGGAGUCAUUCCAUUGUCAACUUGCAGUACCGGGAUGGCAGCCACGUCUUCGCAGAGGGGGGAGAGGGGAGCAGCUCCGACAUUAGUGAGGGGCUAACCGAACAGAUGGGCGCAAAUAGAAAUGCAGAUUUUCACACAAAGGAGGGGGAACAACCCAGAGAGCGCGUCGAGCAGGAGGAGAAAAAGUCUGAUAUCAGUGACUUCACCUUUAUGAAGCGAAGCAGCAGCGGGCGUGGCGGGGGCUUCGGGCAUGGUGGGGGCGUCUGGCGUACCGGUGAGUUUUCCAUCCAGGGUAUGGACCCCCACCCCCCAGCAGCAGAACUCCGAGUGCUCCCAUCGAACGAGACGGAGACCGACUUGCUACCCGAGGAGAGGAAAAACAGAAAGAGCAUCUCGAAACUCCUUCUGAGCGAAGAACAACCAAAGGAUCGUAACAAUCAAACGAGUGAAGCAAUAAAAACAGGCAAGCAUUACUACCAAUUUAUUUGCCCACUGACCCCCUAUGAAUUAUUUCUCCUGAGCAGGUUCCACAAAAAAGGAAUCAACGAAGAACUUAAAGAAUUUAGAAAUAAAAAAUACCUCUCCUGUGAAAAGCAGCUCAUGUCAGCAGCAGGUGGAGGGAUCUGUAGAACUCCUCUCAACGUGGCAUACAUCAAAUACAAAAUAACAGUGAUGAAGACUAUGCUCAGGAGUAGCCAAAAAUACAUUCACGAGAAGAAGUUCAAAAAGGGGUUAAAAAUUUGCAUAAAAAAUGGAGAGUACAUCAAAAAUUUCGUCAGCAGUUACUGCGUAUUGAGAAGGAGGGAUCUCAAUCGGGACUCCUCUCCACGGUCCUCACUGCGCUCUUCGCACCCACCCUCGAUGAGAUCUCCAGGAGAAGAACCACCCUACCAGUAUGCCGACUUCUACCUAAAUGUGGACAGUGCAUAUAUCACCAUGGAUGAGUUGAAAAAUAUUUUAAAAUCAAACGUGAGGAAUAUAAUAGUAUGUAAACUUUUUAUUUUGAUCAAGGAGUAUAAAAAAUACAAAUACAUCGAGAACUCAUCUCUGAUUUUAGUCCUUCACUCUGUCCUCUGUCGGAUUGUGACUAGUUAUACAUUGUUGAAAAAAAUUUUGAAAAAGUUUAUCCUGUUGCUCUUUCUGAGAGGUUGUCUCAGUUGCGUAGAAUCUAUGUGUAGCUUCCUCUUUCUGAUGUACCCGAAGGAACGAACACACCCGCUUGUUGCCAAAGUUUAUUCGCUCUGUAGGAACUCCUUUUUAAUAUACUCUACUUGCUACAAGAGAAAUAAGUAUGCCAUGAUUAAUAACUACGAUUUGAAUUUUGAGCAAUGUGUGGAAUUUUUUUCUCCAGAGUGGGGUUACUACAUCUACACUACGAGCAAUUUUAAUAUCUUUUCCUCUAGUGUGAAGUUUAAUGGGUUUUUGAAAAGGGGCACGGACUUCUCCGCCAUACGCCAGGGGGGAGAGCAGCAAGGGGAGGAACAGCAGGGGGAACAGCAGGAGGAGCGACAGGCCAUAUGCGGCAUGGGUAACUCUGCGGGUGACGGCUUCGGUAGCGGCUUCGUUAGCGGCUCCGUUAGCGGCUUCGAUGUUGGCGACCCCUUGGGGGGCGCGGGCCCCCAUGGAGACGCAGGGCCCAGCGCGGACCGCACCCAGCUGCCGGAGGACGACCCGCAGAGUGAACCCACAAACGAAGGCAAACUCGCAACAGUAGUAGAUGUGUGCAUAGAUGUAGACAGUGCCAACAAAAAGGAACCCAAGAAAAACGAUUUAUACACCUACCUGACCAACUAUGAAAAAAAAAAAAGGAGUUACUACAUCAUUGAUGAUAAUAUGAGGCGCAUCGAGUUCACUAGGAAAGAAACGAACCACAACCUGGAGACCUUUCUCCAAAUGGGGAACCCUAAUGAGGAGAGCUCAACCGAACAGAGCAAGCGGGAGCAGUUGGAUCGACUUAUGAGCAAAGUGAACCGUGACGUGUAUCUAAACUCUUCCGGCUCCUCCUGCACGAAUGCCACCUUUUUGGGCCACUGCCCCCACUGCAAGCAUGCUUUUAACUCCUUCACUCGGUCGUGCAAGGUGUGCCAGCGGUACGUCCACGUGUGCUACUACCUGCUCGUCCACUGUACGUACAAGUACCACUGCGAGUUGUGUGACGCGACUUACUCGGAGAAGUGCCUGGAAAAGUUCUCUAAGGGAUUCACCUGCUUUUACUGUGGGUUGUUUUUCAUCCGGAA